ACGUGCCUCCCAGUGGCCCAGGAGCUCCGCUGUUGGGGCCUCAGAGGGUGUUCGCGGGGCGCCGGGGAAGGCUAGGGCUUCGGGGUUCCCGGGACGCCGCCCCCAACCGACCACGCCUGCCAGACCACCAAGUGGGGGCCGUGUCGGGGAGCCUGGUGGAAGGCGGUACGGGAAUUCCAGCACUGAGCCUGCAACCGUUUUAGUCCACGGCUGUCAAAAUCUAAAGGGAAGAAAAACGAAAUGCUCGGAACCCUCACUCUCACAGAAGCUGAGCACCUCAUCCCGUGUGUGGAUUUUUUCCCCAGUACAAGCCCAUUGUGGGGACAGGCGCUUUUGAAGGAAGAAUUCAAAUUCCCAGGCUGAAGUGGCACCUCACAGCCUUGAACCUGACCCCCAGCUUCCCGCUAAAACCAGGCGUGCCCAGCACGGCGAGGUCAGCAGCGGCCCCUCGGAGGGCGGCCGUGGGAGGCCAGUGGGAGGCCCUCGGGCAGCCGGUGAAUGGGCCGACGACCUCCCCGACUCCGUGAGAAGCGCUUAGUCCGUGCCCUUCAGAUACUGGAGCGGCUCCUGCCCUUUGGCCAGUUCUCUGGAAGGUCGUUUCAUUUUCUGUGUCUGCCACACGCGUACCACAAGCGCACCACAAUCGAAAACCUUGUUCGGCAUUUCUAGAAAGAGUAGAUGCUACUGAAGACCCAAUAGAUUGCUGAGGGUUUUCGGAGCAGGGACAAUUGCAUCAGAGUGCUGGGCUCCGGGGUGAACUCAGGAUUUGGCUGACUGGCGGAUGGGACAAUGAUUGGUGCCGAGACUGGGCCGGAGAAGGAGGCCUGUCCAGAGCAGGCACCCGAGGCCGCGUGCAGGGGCAGUCCUGGGCCACCAACCCUUGGAAGCUGGGCCAGGAGCUUCGGAGCCAUUCGAGUCUUUUUUUCUCACUCUCAUGCACCUAGUUACCCUCCCCACAGAGUCCUCUCACUGCGCGAGUUUCGUCUACCGCUGCAGUGGUGUCUGACUACACCCAGUGCCUCUAUCCUUCCCCCUUCAAUCUGUUCUCCCUUCUUGGCAAACCUGUCCUUGGAAAGCCCUCUGCUGCCUCCAGUUACCCUGAUCAAAUGCAUCCUCCUCGACGGGCUUGUGAGCGGUUUGCAGGGUGGCCCAAGAGGCAUCACGCCUUGCUCUUCAGCCACUUUUGGGGGCCCCUACAGGGCCAAGCAUCCCACACCGGCAGCGGGUGCUGGUCCUGCCACAGUCUGUGCAACAUGUGAAUGAAGGCUGUAGUCCUGUGGUCUGCGGGAGGCAAAUUCCAACUCCAGCUGUCAAACAUAAAGGGACUGGCGGGCUAUCCAGGGUGGAUGUCUCAUGGCAUCCAAGGCAGGGACCUAGCCAGGCCUUGGGAAAGAGCUACAAACCGAGGACCUCUGGGGUGUGGCUUCAUCUCCCUCUCCCUACCACCCUACCCCCAUCUCUCUGUGUUCCUCAGAUGCCUCAUUUUCCUGUCAGGCACCUGGCCAGCUCUAGGAGCUGGAAUCAGGUUGGUACCUUCUUGGUCAGUGUCCAUCCCUAGUGUCAUCCACAGUGGCCAACGGAAGGGGUGGCUGGUGGUGCAGGACAUUUGCCAUCUUGGGAAAGAUCACAGAGGAAGGGCCUCUUUAGCUGAGCAGACGAGGUUCUGCAGUGGUCUGGACAGAUUUGCACACUCGUGGGCAUCCCCCUGCCCUGUUGAGCAGACGGGGUUCUGCAGUGGUCUGGACAUGUUUGCACACUCGUGGGCAUCCCCCUGCCCCGUUGAGCAGACGGGGUUCUGCAGUGGUCUGGACAUGUUUGCACACUCGUGGGCAUCCCCGUGCCCUGUUGAGAAACCACAUGAGGAAAGGGGACCCUUGCACCUGUCGCCUCCCGACUCUGACCGCCAGAGGCUGGGCUGCCAGCCAGCUGUGCCAGCAUGUGACAGCACUUGACGGAAAGUCCCUGGAAAGGAUGUGGAUCAUUGCAGAACUCCCUUGAGAAAGCGCCAGAGGAGGACCCCAUUCAGCACCCCGCAGAACUCCUCAAACUCCUGCGUCCCCCUCAACGCUCCCCGAGUGUGGUGGCUGCUUCUAUGUCCCCAGGCUUAGCUGGCCUGGGUCUUGAAGGCCUCUCCUCCCGCUGUCCCCACGCAGCACCCUCUCGGCCACUGCACAGCUGGAUGCAGUGAAGGCCAGGCAGCUGUGGCUGCUUGGGGAACAGGAGCUGCUUGACCCUGUUCUGCUGACUUUGUUAGCCUCACUCCCGUGGAGAGCCAAGGUUACCACAUCCCCGAAGCUACGGCUUUCUUUCUAGGCCUGGGGGAGUCACAUCUUGCAUUUGUACUCACUGAGCUCCAAGUCUAUGGUUAGAGAAUUUAUCAACAUUUUAAAAUGC